AUGAUGAUGCUAGACUCUUCUUGUCGCUCGGAUUGUGUUUCAAAAUUGCACAAAUCCCCAUCUACAUUGUCUAAACCAGACUGGACUCAGCUCCCUCAAGAGCUACUACAAGUGAUCUCCGAGAAGCUGGAGAACUGUUUCGAUGUAGUUCAUGCUCGCUCUGUUUGCAGCGCGUGGCGAUCCACAUUUCCCUUUCCUUGUAGCCUUUUACGACCAAGUUACUCUCUUCCCUCGUUCGCCGAGUUUCCUUACGAAAGCGAAGACUUGUGCACCCUCAAGAAGAUCCCUUUGUUCCUUCUCAGAGUCCAACCUCGUGAUCCCGGUACUUCGGCUUCUCAGUAUUUUAUAGGAGGGAUAGGCCGUAAAGAUGAGCCAGAGGAUCAUAUAGAGCUUCCACCUCCUCUUCAAUGUUCAGUGAAGAUCCCAGGAUCAUUUGAGCCAACCUUGAUGAACAUGCUCGACUUCCAGAUCAUCCUUCUUGGCCACCAGUACAGAAUUACUGGUCCCAAUCCUAAAGAUUACAGAGGCGUAGCUUUUCUUCCGCUAAACAAAGACAGAGGAGGAGAAUUCAUUGUGCUUCUCAACUACACUAAUGAUUUGUUGGUGUUAAGAAGUCUUGAAAUGAGGUGGAUGUGGCUUAAAAACAUCUCAGAUGCUUCAUGCUCGGAAUUAGUCACCUUUAGAGGCAGGUUUUAUGCAGUCUUUCUUGACGGGAAAAUAAUCGUUUUCGAUCCUUAUCCACUGAAAGCGACUCCCAUGUUUCGGCCCUCUGAGCUACCGAACUGUGGUUCAAGUGUGUUUCUUGUUCCAUCAGGGGACGAUGAGCUUUUCCUGGUUGAGAAAAUCAUACCUCGUACCGGUGUGUUACAUUUUGGCCGGUUAACGUUGAGAGUGAGUAGGCUAGAUGAGGAGGCUCGUAAAUGGGUUGUGGUGACCGAUUUGGGAGAGCGUGUGUUGUUUAUUCAUUAUGGACACUUGGGAAACGUCUGCUGCUCGGCUAAAGAGCUUCCUGAUGGUUGUGGUUUGAGUGGGGACUCGGUUGUGUUUACUGAUGAGCCAGGGAAUGUAACUUACUCCUAUAAGUAUGGAGUAGAUACAGGAAGAGCCGAAGACGACCUCAAUUUUUGGAGGUACUCGAGAGAGAACCGUGUCACGAUCCUUAGCUCGUAUCCGGUGGUGACUCUCCGGGUUGAGCCAUAA